AUGAAUUCAAAUGAAGAUUAUUCUGAUAAUGAUUCAUUAAAUACUAUAAUCUCUGGUGAUAAUAACAAUGAUUAUGGGAAUGAAUUGGAAGAAUGCAAUAACUUUAUAAGAAGUGAUGAUGAAAAUGAAUUGGAAGAAUACAAUUCAUAUUAUAAUUUUACAAGAACUCUAAGUGUUGAGGCUAUUAAAUUCUAUUUAGAAUUUCAAGAGUAUCCUUGUUCAUUGGAAAAAGGAUUUGCCAGUGUAAGAUGCAUAGUUGAACAAAGAACAUGUCAGGGUGUCAAAGUCUGUAAACUUGCUUCACCUGAAAUAAUUAAUUAUCAACAUUCUAAUGUUAACUUUGAAGAUAGUAUUUUUGAAAAAACAUUUCAAAAUAAUGAAUUAACAUCACAGGAAAUUACUUUAUGUCAAUAUGUUGCUGCAUUCAAAAUUAAUUGUAAAUUUGUUUUUCAUGGUGAUAAUAAUGAAGAAAUUCAGUGUGAUGGUAAACCUACAUUAAAAUAUCAUUUCCAAAUGGUAGAUGGAAUUACUAUAAAAAAGUAUUUUAUUGGAUGUCAAAAAUGGAAAAGAAAUGAAGUUCAUAGAUACAUUCCUAUCUCAGAUUCAUGUAUAGAUAUAAAUUAUUUGAAAAUUUUUCUUUUUGUUCUUUAG